AUGGCUGGUAGAAAUGAUCGUGCGAUUGCUGAUGCUCUUCAAGCAUUAGCACAAGCUAUAAAUAAUAACAAUAGGGUUGAGGUCGCUCCUAACUGGUUAGAGCAAUUUCAACAAAAUCACCCACCUACCUUUAAAGGAGGAUAUGACCCAGAUGCUGCUAUGAAUUGGUUAACGGAGAUUGAGAAGAUCUUCAAUGUCAUGGAUUGUCCCCUCACUCAGAAGGUGAAGUUGGCAACCUUCAUGUUGACUGCUGAUGCUCACUUUUGGUGGGAAGGAGCACUUCGGAGGAUGAUUGAUGGAGGGGUGCAUUUGAAUUGGGACAACUUCAAGAAGUGGUUGUUUUCUGGAAUUUUGCCUAUUGAAUUGAAAGAUGAAGGCGGUGUUGGUACAAUUGAAGUUCCACCAAACGUUGGGCCUACUAUUAAGGCAAAUGCUGUCUCACAGAUGGAGGCUGCAAUGGCUGCAUUAUCAGCAGAGCUAAGCAAGCUACAAACAGGAAGGGCAUCUCCAGGAAUGCUUGAUCAUAUUAUCGUUGAAACUAGUGGUUUAAAGAUGCCUUUUGCUGUUGUUUCAGUCUUAGAUCCAAAAACCUUGUCUGUUAAUCCUUAUGAUCCAGAGGCAAUGGAUGCGAUAAAGAAGUUGUAUUCAAGUCUCCCCAAGGAUGACAUAAAAAGAUUGGAGAAAGAAGUUGACGAUUUGACAAAAAAAUUUAUCAAGACUGCGGAAGAUGUAUGCAAGGCAAAAGAAAAAGAAAUUAGUCAAGGUUGAGAUAUGCUGAUGUAACUUUUAGCUGAGGAUUCACUGCU